UGGUUUUUUCGCCACCAAAUCUAUCUAAGCGUCUUCGGACCGGAUAGUCUACCGCUGUCGAUACGGUGGCAAUAUCAUCAUGCGGAUCCAUAAUCGGGUUUGCGGCAAUCUCGGAAGCGUAUCCAUACCAUCACUCAUUUUGUUCCGGACCCUACCUCUUGUUUGCUUAAGUUGUAGCGUGGACGGCCAGGAUCCCCCGCACCGCCCCAUACCCCGGAGAACUUCUCCAUUUCGACUCUUUGCUCCAUUGAGAUUUUUCCGUACUUAGCCCGUGACAUGAGAAAUCAAUGAUGGAAAUGUGACCAAACAGUAUAAAGGAGAGCUGCAUCCGUGAUUCAGUCGAGUUAGCAAUCCCUCUUCAUCUUCAUCAACAACAAUGGGUGGAGGCCAUGCUGGAGGCGCAAGCCCCUACGCUGCAAAACAUCGUCAAGGACUGCAGGGCCAGUCAGGAUGGGCUGGCCUUGUGCACAAUCGCAAAAUUUUUGCCAAUGCAGUCUUCGCUUCUCUGGGCGGUCUGCUCUAUGGUUAUAACCAGGGUGUGUUUUCCGGUGUCUUGAGUAUGUAUUCAUUCGACCAUCGGAUGGCAUCCGCUGUCUCCGAUCCUGGAACGAAGGGUUGGCUUGUAUCUAUUCUGGAACUUGGGGCUUGGGUCGGCGUUCUCUCUACCGGGUACUUGGCUGACAAGCUCUCCCGUAAAUACACCAUCAUGCUUGCCGUCUGUAUAUUUUGUGUCGGUGUCGUCGUCCAAACUGCGGCAUUUCAUCCCACGUCAAUAUAUGGCGGGCGUUUCAUCACUGGUCUUGGUGUCGGAUCCCUCAGUAUGGCGGUACCCCUGUACAACGCCGAACUUUCUCCUCCUGAAGUCCGCGGCAGUCUGGUUGCUCUGCAGCAACUUGCUAUCACCUUUGGUAUUUUGAUCUCCUUCUGGAUCGACUAUGGUACCAAUUAUAUCGGUGGUACUGGAAGCGGGCAGAGCGAGGUUGCAUGGCGCGUUCCAUUGGGUAUGCAGCUUGUUCCUGCUAUCAUUCUAGGCAUUGGUGUUAUUUUCAUGCCUUUCUCUCCAAGGUGGCUUGUCAACCAAGGUCGUGAUGAAGAGGCUGUCGCUGUUCUUGGUAGGGCUCGCCGCCUUCCUCCGGACUCCGACCUCGUUCAAAUUGAGUUCCUGGAAAUCAAGGCCCAGUACCUCUUUGAAAAGGAAAUGAAUGCUUUGAAGUUUCCUCAAUUCCAGGAUGGGUCGUUCUCAUCGAAUUUCAAGCUCGGUCUUCAUGCCUAUAUGAGCUUACUUACCACACGCACUCUCUUCUACCGUGUUGCCGUUGGUUCAUUGACCAUGUUCUUCCAGCAAUGGACUGGCGUUAACGCCAUCUUGUACUAUGCACCCAGCAUUUUCAGUGACUUGGGCUUGACGGGCAACGCAACUAGCCUUCUCGCCACGGGUGUUGUCGGUAUUGUCAUGUUCCUCGCGACGAUCCCUGCCGUUAUAUGGAUCGAUAAAGUCGGCCGUAAGCCAGUCUUGAUCUCUGGUGCUUUCAUCAUGGCUGCAUGCCACCUCAUCGUUGCAGUCCUGACUGCGUUAUACCACGAUUCUUGGUCAUCACACCCUACCGCUGGUUGGGUAGCUUGCGCUUGCGUCUGGGUAUUCUCCGUAGCCUUUGGUUACAGCUGGGGUCCGUGCAGCUGGAUCCUCGUUGCUGAGAUUUGGCCGUUGAGUAUACGUGGCAAGGGUAUUUCUAUUGCCUCAUCGUCCAAUUGGAUGAACAAUUUCAUUGUCGGUCAAGUAACGCCAUCAAUGCUAACUCAUAUCGGCUUUGGGACAUUCGUGUUCUUUGGCGCAUUCGCCUUCCUCGGUGGCUUUUUUAUCAUGUUCUUUGUACCCGAGACCAAGGGCCUCACUUUAGAAGAAAUGGACGACGUGUUUGGAGACCGUGAAGGUCUUGCUGUUGCGGAUCAACAACGCCAGAACGCUAUUGCUGACCGGAUUGGCUUGACUGCGUUUGGCCAGCACAAGGGCGGGUCCGAUAUCGAAAAGAGCAGUCACGAGCUCUACGACGAUGAGGGAAAGGCUUAAUGUCCAUCGAUGGAUAGCGCAAAUAUUCCUAUGCACUCAAUAUCUGAUACGCUGUAUUACAUUGUUCCGCAAUACAUGCACCCUAGUGGUGAACAUGGAGAUGGAAUAGCAAAUUGAAUAAUAUUAAUACUGAUGGGCACCCCCAGUUAUCCUGGCGUCCGCGAGGUCAC